AUGGAAUCUUUGGCAACAACCAUUCGUUUCGAACUGAACUGCCGAACACUAUCGAGUGAACUCCAACAAGCCGCUCUAUCCAGACUUCUGCGAUAUCUCUGUGUGCCUUUUGCUGCACUGCAGGAAACAAGCAUGAGAGAUCGGCCCGUCAUCAGCAUCGAAAAUUACACCAUAUACAUAUAUAUGCUGAGGAGAACAAAAGGACGUGAACUCUGGAUCGUAAGUGCUCACGCACCUACAGAAACCGCUGAUGACAACAGCAAGGACACCUUCUAUGAUGAACUCAAUGCGUUGAUAUCUAAAAUACCAAGAAAACGGGAGGUUAUUGUCGGAAUCGACACAAAUACGAAGAUGGGACUCGAACAACAAUCCGAUGUGUUGGAAAAAUGGUGUUAUCCAGCGGAGCGCACUUCGGAUAAUGGUCACCGUCUGGUCGACUCAUGUGAACAGACGGACCUAAUCAUCGCUUUCACGUUUGAGACGAAUCGUCGACGCCAUCAGCUUAGGCGGCAAGGAGCUGUUUGGGACGUCGCAUUCGACACUGACCACCGUCCAGUUCUUCUCAGCUUCAAGAUACGGUUCCACAAGAGAAAUCGAGGAGUUCCUCUUCAACCGAAAAUCGGCAUGGCAGGUCUGAAAGACGAUGAAUGCAGAGCGAAAUUCCGCCAACGUGUGUCUAUUCAUGUUGGAGUACGGACCAAGAAGAAGCUUAGCGAUGCGGAUUCCUUCACAAACUGCAUCCAGGACGCUGUAAGGGAAACACACCCAGUUCUAUUGCCGCGGAAGAAGUUUGCCUUUGCAUCUGCGGAAACAAAAUCCACAAACAAUUCUGUAUGUAUCGCGCGCAGCGCUGGUGACUUCAACCAGGAAAAGCGUCUUAGAAGGAAGCUGCGUCGUCAACUGCAACAAGACCGCGAUAACGAGUGGACGUCAAGAGCGAUGGGCACUGCUAAUGUGGUAGCUGUCGGUGAAGCAACUCUUCCAAUUUGGAAGGAGCACUUCAAGACCUUGCUGAAUCGGCUAGCACCGUCAGCUCCUAAAGUCGAAGACGUUCAUAGACCGACAUAUGCGGUUAACGAGGAGCCACCGACCGAGUCGGAGGUCCUGGUCUGUAUUGAAAAAAUGAAGAAUGGAAAAUCUGGUUGGGACGAUGGGAUUAGCGCAGAAAUGCUAGAAUAUCUUCCUCCGUCUGGGAUUCGUGAGAUGACAAAGAUCAUCCGUUCAAUAUGGAUACACGAAAGGAUUCCUGAUUCGUGGAGACACGCUAUCAUAAUUCCCCUCCACAAGAAGUUAUCCGUCACGGACCCCAGGAAUUGUCGAGGAAUCCCCUUGCUGCGUGUUAUGUACAAGGUAUUGGAGCGCAUUAUCGUGGACCGACUCAUUAAACAUCACGAAGAAACAACGCGCGACGAGCAAUCUGGCUUUCGUCCUGGCCGAUCUACGAUUGACCAGGUGUUCAUCGUCGGGAGAGUGAUCGAAAUCUGGCAGCAGUAUUCGAUGCCAAUGCAACUAGCGUUUCUGAACUUUGAAGCCGCGUUCGACUCUCCUCACCGAGGCCGUCUUCUCAACGCGCUCCGCGCCGAUGUAGUACCAGGAAAGUUCGUUCGCUUGCUUGAUGACAUGGAUAAGCGAACAACUGCUGCAGUUCGAACACCAGCCGGAUGUACAACACCGUUCUAA